UCACUACAUCCAUAAAUCACCCUUUUUGACAAGUUUGUUUUAGUCCAUUCGAUUUGUUAUUUUUAAGCAUUAUUGGGCCAAAUAGUGAUAAGAUGUACUUAAAUAAGCAGUCGCAUUAGUGUAUUCAUAAGCGUAUUUAACCGGAUUCAAUGACAUAGAUUUCGAAAACUAACCUCAAAGUUACAACCCCUUAAUUUUCUUAUCGUAACAAAUACAGGAGACAAUAAUGGCAGAUAUUCUCGUUUUGGAUUGGAUGGAGGAGUUCGAGUCGCUCACUGAAAGCGAAAUCCACACUUAUUCAUCAGAACAAGAACAUAAUCACGAAGUUAUGGUCGCACUUUAUGACAUUUUGACAGAACCCUAUAGGUAUAAGGGGCAAAAUGUAUGCAUUAUUGUGUUUUUUACCUUUUUUUUAAUAAAUUUGUUUCAGCUGGUUGACGGUAUUUGCCAACAGUUGUUAGAUUUUUACAGAUCAGGUGAAGAACAACUGAAGAAGUUCACACUGCAGUAUAUUCCAACUUUAGUAUUUUUGCAUUUAACUGAAAAAACGUAUACUUCGGUACAAACACUUUUAGUUAGUUUAUACAAUUUGGAGGUGAUAGAUUCUAAAGGCCAGCCCCGGACACUUUCAUUUAGAGUCCCAAGCAUAGCUCAGUCGUCAAUUUAUCACGAUUCUAACAAUUUGGAACCGGCUUUUAUAGCCGAGAAUUCGUUGCGACGGUGGGAAGAAUGCAACAGUAAAUUAGUCAGUUGGGGGCCUCUGCCCCAAGUCGAAUGUUUGAAUGCUCAGAAUCGUCAACGUGUUAUCACCGCACUUGUGUUCCUAUAUAACCAACAACUAGCUAGUGUAAUAACCCAGGGUAUUGAACACACUUGUAGGGGGAUAUCUAGAUUAGUUUCACAAGGAUUUUCUUCCAAUGAUAGUGCAAGAAGUUCAAUAAAUAGUGAUUGUAGUUAUAGCCAAGGUAUAGCUCCUCGCAUUCCCGUCUCUAGUCCGUUACUUUUAGAACUACUUCACAUAGUGUAUCACGGGGCUGAGAAGGGUGUCAGUGGGGCGAUCCAAGCCCUUCAUGACAUCACCCAACGGGCAAAAUACGAGGCAUUUGCCGACGUGUUGUUGUCUGCAAACGCGAUCAAAAAUUUGAUCCAACGCUCGUCGUCCGUCUCUGUGACCCCUCGACCUUCCCACAGUCACAGCAUUUCGAAAUCAAUGAUCACAAACGCCUCAUUUCGAACUAAGAAACUACCUGAUGAUAUACCAAUCCAGGAUGAGCACCAGACGGAGGCUCCUUUAGAUUCUAUAACCGAGGAGCAGGAAGAGGCCGAUAAAAGCAAGCCGAGAGGGUCAGUUAGCGCACUCAAGCAUUUGCCUAAAUUGCCCGGCUUAGGGAAAAAACACAAAGCGAAGAAUCCACAAAGUGGGGAUCAAGUUGAAAUGCAGAAUGCGGGGGGAGAGUCAGCAGCGGAGUCACCUUCCACAGACUUUAACCAUGCUGUGCACGUCAGUGCGGUUUAAGAAACAACAGAGUUUUUAAAUUGAUUUAUUUUUUCUAACAAGGUAUACAAUGAAGUUGAUAUAGGUGUUGUUUAGCUUAGGGCGUACUAAUCAACCAAAUAUAUUUUUUAAAGUAUGAAUGUCACAAGGGAGGCAUUUGUUGGGGGUUUCAUGCACCAAAGAGGACUUGACACAAGCAAUAGUUUCGGAGAGUAGGUGUUAGCGAAUUUACUUAAUUCUAGCAUUUUCAAUAGCAUAAAUGAUAUUUUAUUUUCUUAAAUAUUCGGGUUGGAAAUUUUAUUUUUAUUUAUUGAUUAAACAUGACGAAAUGUUUUUUUAUAGGUACAAUAACUUUUUACUAGUUAACUUAUAAGUUUUUACACGAAAUACUUAUUUGAUGUGUUAUCUAUGUUAUCAGUUGUUUUGUUGGUUACCAGUUUUUUUAGGUGUUGAUUAGAGAUUUUGAAGAGGACAAAUUUUUAUUAACGUUGGUUGGAGUUAAACUGUGGUGUGAGGAAUGUUUCAAGUGAACUGCGUCAAAAUUUAAUUAAAAAAACACCAUUAAAACCUACAUGUUACUAUAAGAGGUCUAGAUAAGUAGUAAAAAAAGUUACGGAAGUGUAAUUCAAAUGUUGCAUUACUUGAAAAAACGUCGAUCGUGUUUUCAUUUACAUUUUUGUUAUUGUGAUAAGUCGUAAUUUGUUUUGCAAAUCGGAAUUUGUCACGUUAUGUGUAAUUAUUUUACUUACACUAUUUAGUGAUGCUAAAUAUCGUAAUGAAAUUUUUAUCGACGUUUUUUAUAUUUGUGGAAGUAAACAAAUAAGAUAGCAUUAAAAGUCUUAUCUUAAUUGAAGUGAAAGUAAAAAUGUUGUCCUUUGACUGUAUUCCAAUCGUGAAAGUUCCAACUGUAUGUUUGGAGAAUUCACAAACACGUUAAUUGCGAAAAUCGUUACGGUGGAAUGCGACCACUGAGGAAGUUUAUCAUAACAAAUAACGGUAAAGUGCUAUUGAACACUGAUUUCAGCAAAUAAUUGCUGUUUCACGAGAGACCUUUUAUAGUAACACAUUAAAAAAUAUAACUAAAAUUUUUUGUCUGCGUAAAUUGUUCAUUCCACAUCUGUUAUAAACUGUCAGGUAAUAGUUUCAUUAAUUUUCAUUACGUACAUAGUGGUAUCUUAGUACUCGGUGACUAACGUUGAAGUAAACGAUUUGUGAAUAAUUGCCUUCAAAUAGUAAUCCAAACGUGGUUACAAUUCAUUAAUAAUAUUGUUGCAACGAGCAAUAAAAGAGAUCAGUUUUUAUGUUUGUUGUAAAAUAUAGUAUUAAAAAACGGGUUAAAUCCUGAUUUAAAAUUGACGACUGGUUAAUGUAUGCGAAAAACCAUUAUGUAUUAUCUUUUUAUUAGUCUUUCACAUCUCAUACUAAAAGUGUAUAACUUGUUCCGUAUCAGGAGGGUUUCUAACUAGAAGGGUGUUAGGAAAAAUGUCGGAUACAAAUACGCAAAGCAAUAUAUUUUAGUGUUUUGAUUUGGAGAUGCGUUCAUUUGCGUGCCCUUUUAGUGGGAAGCUCUGUCAUGUCAACUGUAAAAUAUAAAUGUUGUAUUGUUACAAUUAUAUUGAUGUUAGCCAGGUCAUGGGCGAGAUCUGUUGUAUCGUUGAAUAAAACAGCCUUUAAAUGA